GUGAGAGACUCGUAGGUAUAUCAUAGCAGUUACAGCAGUAGUGGACUGCUUUACUUAUUCUCACUCAAACAUUUAAAUCAAAGGACUUUGACAUGUAUUCAAACAAGAUUGACGGGCCGCGCAGAGGAAGGUCUUUCGACUCUAUGAGUUCUUCAUUGCAUACUUGUUACGAGGAAAAGCAACUGAAUAAUGAGAUGAAAAAAUGUACAUUCAGCAAGAUCGACGAGAACAAGGACAACAAGAGUUCAUCUUGGGAGAAUGGUCGGUCUUUAGAAAAGGGUCGCACAGCCAUCGCCUUCUCCCUCAAAAAUGAAGUUGGCGGGCUAGUUAAGGCACUAAAACUUUUUCAAGAGAACCACGUCAACCUUGUUCACAUCGAGUCCCGAAAAUCGAGGCGGCGCGGCUCAGAGUUUGAGAUCUUUGUUGACUGUGACAGCAGCCACGAGCAACUCAAGGAGCUCACUGAGCUGCUACAUAAGCAUGCUGCCAACGUAGUUGAUAUGGACCAUGACCAACCUGACAAUUCCAGCCUGCCUGAAGAAGACACUGAAGAUAUUCCCUGGUUCCCAAAGACAAUCUCGGACCUGGACAUGUGUGCUAACCGUGUCUUGAUGUAUGGCUUAGACCUGGAUGCUGAUCACCCAGGCUUCAAGGACAACGUCUAUCGCAAAAGAAGGAAACACUUUGCUGAUCUUGCCAUGAGCUACAAACAUGGGGAACCAAUUCCGCAUAUCGAGUUCACAGAGGAGGAGGUGAAGACCUGGGGUGUGGUCUAUCGGGAGCUCAAUAAGCUGUAUCCAACCCAUGCUUGCCGGGAGUACCUGAAGAACCUGCCACUGCUGUCCAAGCACUGUGACUGCAGGGAGGACAACAUCCCCCAGCUGGAAGAUGUGUCACACUUCCUCAGAGAACGCACAGGCUUUAUCAUUCGGCCCGUGGCAGGUUACCUCUCCCCACGAGACUUUCUGGCAGGUUUGGCUUUCCGGGUUUUCCACUGCACUCAGUAUGUUCGCCACAGCUCUGAUCCUCUCUACACACCUGAGCCAGACACAUGUCAUGAGCUUUUGGGUCAUGUCCCUCUGCUGGCGGAGCCUAGUUUUGCCCAGUUCUCCCAGGAGAUAGGUCUGGCUUCUCUGGGGGCCUCAGAUGAGUCUGUCCAGACGCUGGCCACCUGUUACUUUUUCACAGUAGAGUUUGGCCUGUGUAAACAGGAGGGAAAGAUGAGAGCCUACGGCGCAGGACUUCUCUCCUCUAUCAGUGAGCUGAAGCAUGCACUCUCUGAUAAUGCAAAGAUCCUGCCCUUUGACCCCAAAGUCACCUGCAAGCAGGAGUGCAUUAUCACUACAUUCCAAGAUGUCUACUUUGUGUCAGAGAGUUUUGAAGAGGCCAAAGUCAAGAUGAGAGAGUUUGCCAAGACCAUCAAGCGUCCGUUUACAGUGAGGUACAACCCCUACACCCACAGUGUGGACGUGCUGAAGGACACAUCCAGUAUCAACAGCAUGGUGGAGGAUCUGAGACAUGAACUGGACAUCGUGGGCGACGCCCUACAGCGCCUUAACAAACACUACGCUGUCUGACCUUCCUGCCUGGCCCUCAUACUUGACAAGGGUUGCAAAAUUCUGGUAACUUUCCCAACAUUUACAGGUAGUCCAGAAAUCCCGGUUGGGGGAUUCACAGAAUCAGGAGGAAAUAAGCAAGAUAUCUGAUAUCCUCCAAACAGGAUUUUUGGAAAACAUGGGAAUUUUUGGAAAUGUUACAACCAUAUAUACCUGACACAGCCCUAUACUGCUGUCUGUAGUUGUCUACCACCUGAUCCUUACCAAGCAGCUCACUGCUUUAAUCCUACUCACUGAUAUCCCCAAACAGCCUUUUACCUACAAAAUAAAUGAUAACUCUUAAAAUUCAAACUUUAUAUUCUCUUCAUUAAAUUAUUAACCAGUAGUUUACUUUGAAAUUCAAUACAUUUUUGAGUUUGUCAUUUGAAUAAUGAUAUUGACUAAGGAUGAUUAGAAUGUGACCGAAACUGACCUUUCCUUGGCUCUUGCUUAUAAUUACUAAUAUUCUCUUGUUUUUUAUAUACUGUAUUUCUUAUCUAUUGAAAGUUCUAUGUUAAUGCAACAGGAGUCUUAUAGAUAUUGUAUUGUACUCUAUUGGCAUACACCGUUUCAAUAAAUGUGUGAAUGUGCUAGUGUGGAUGUAAAGUUACAUGCUUGUGUGUAUAGUGAUUGACAGUCUGUGUACAUGUAUUAUCACAUUGCACAAAGCAUAGAAAUAUGGUAGUAUUAUAAAAUUGUGUGUGUGUGUGUGUGUGUACCUACCUUAUCGGCCUUCUGCUGCUGCUGCUGUUGACCUCCAGUGGUCUAUUUUGCAUAAUAUAUUCAAGGAAGGAAUUUAUGUGCAUGUAUUAGUGUUUGGAUGAUGAUAAUGUACUUCUGAUAACUCUUAAAAUUGAAAAAUCUAUAAUUUGUGUAAAUAGAUCCCUGGUAAACCAAUCCUUGCAUUGGGAAGUGUGUGUCUGUAUUCUGGGUGUCUAGUUAUAGUGAAAUAUUUACAUUAGUUGCUUUGUUCUGUUUUUCUUCUCAUUAAAUGUACUCCAUGUUCA